AUGGCGCCGGGAUCGCUGAGCCCUGUAUAUCUUCCCGAUCUGGGUAGAUGUCUCGCGGGUGAACUGCUGCUUCCAUCUUGGGAUGAUCUCCUGCAUGCGUUGCUCUCUCACAAACACACCAGAGCAAGUCUAGCAGUCGAGAUCCUAUCCGGCGACCGACCAAAGAAGAUCCUGUCCCAACCAUACCCAUCUUUCCCCAAACCCUCCUCUUCUUCUAAAACCUCCUUCGACACGUCUAGCGCAGGAAUCAGACCUUCCGCAGAUUCCCUUUACGAUGUUGAUGAAAUAAAAAGCGAUGCAAUCUGGCUCAGCAAGCAAGUCAAUGUCGAUGAACUGGAGGCUUUGAGACUGGCAAUCCUAGAAUGGCAAUAUAGGCCGGAGUCCAGGUUAAAAGAGGGUUUCUCCGAGGCUGAAAUUGCAAGUCUGAAAGCUGCUCUGGGUUCGGACUAUAUCGACAAGCACCUUCAAGGCUUACGAUCCCCGACGACAGAUGAUGGUGCAUUCGAUAGUCCAGAUUCACGCCGGUCCAGACUGGUGCGCCGCUUCCUGCAAGAGAAAGUCACAAUUCUUCGCAUAGAAAAGGAGCUUCUGGAUGCCAGUCUGCUGCCCGAAUUUACAGACACCCGAUUGUCUCAAUUCCGCAGCCUAGCCAGCGAACUAUUAUCACAGGUUGACAACUCUAUCGAUGACGAUGUUGAAGCUGGCCUUGCCGUGAUACGCGAUGAAUUAAAAGACUUGGAAGCAGGGCGGAUAUGGGACAUUGAUGAAUCGCAAAUGCCUUUGUUGAAUGACACGGCCGACACUUCGUCCCUGGAAACCAUUGGAACGGCGUUGGAGAUUCUGCUGUUACGCGUCAGACAAUCCAAAACCACUGUUUCUUCGGACACACUUCUCCACUGGCUGGAGCUGAUGUCCUCGGUCGGAUUCUUCUCUACAUUCACCUCGCAGAUCACUGUACAACUGGUGACAAUACAGAAGAUUCAGUCUCUGGCAGCUUUUGUCUCUGCAGCCUUACUGAGCCUUGCCUCAACCGUUGCCAGCCUGAAUGAAACUGCAUUGUCUCAAACGAAGCUGCCAAAUCGGAUCGGUGAAUACUUUUAUGAUAUCGACUCUGUUCACGAGAUCAACGAAGUAUUGGUGAAUCAAGCCACGAUUGGAAAUGUCCAGGCUGGUCUUGCGGUCCUGGCCUGGGCAAUCAUUGUCCAUGAGAUAUGGGUUAUGGCCAAUACCAUCAAGGAGGCUAGAGAGAGCCAGCACGCCCAAAAGGCCAUCGAAGGGGUGUCUACGUUUGACGCUGCGGCGGGCCGACGUAGCUCUGGGAGCGGUGGUGCCAUCCAACAAAGCAUCUUUGAGGAUCUGCUAGACCGGAUACCUAUGGGCAAUUCGCAUGAGGAUCCUUCCAAUCCUUUGCUCGAUGCGGUCAUCGAUCAGUGCCAUGUGUUCGAUUACAUUGCAAUCCUGAGCAUGGGAAAGUCUGAUCCGAUGAGCAUCCUCUGUGCCUUCAAGCUUCAGACUCUGCAAGAACUCAUCACUGUCUCCCAGUCGUUCCUCGGAUACACACCGGAGUUGGUCUCAGCACAAUUGGGGCUCCUUUCGAACACUUCCAUCGACGACUCGAGUAAAAGACCUUAUGAUCCAGCAAUCGACUUCGUUGCAGACGAGUCCCUCGUUCAAGGUUUCUAUGAUGUCUCUGCGGCACGAUUUCCGUACGAAUGUCUACCUUUCCUACAGUUCUCAAAGGCUCUUGCGAAGGCAGACAUUUUCAGUGCACAAGGUAUUCAUUACGUGGAGGACCGACUCCGGAACCUCAAAAGUUUUACUCAGCCAGCCAUCAAGGGUAUUCAGUACAAAAUCAUCCGUGAAGAUGAGAGCGAUAGUUAUGUCGCUCUGGAAAAUCCCGUCAACAUGCUCGACCUCAUGCAAAGCAGGUUAUUGACCUAUUCCAGUCGGGACACGAAAGCUCUAUCCAUAUUGCCUGCAGAUGUCCAAGGUCAAGUCAUCUCCGAUCCUGAUGCGCAAACAAAGAUCAUCAAAUGGGAUUUCGAAUACUCCGGACUUGGUUACAUAGGUCAGUUGUUGGAACUUCGCUACAUGAAAAUGCUGCAGUCUUGCCUCUCCCCACUCGAUGACCCCGAAGCGGUGGUAUCUGAAAGUAUUGGCCUCCUGGCGACUUUGCUAUCUACUAUCCACCAAAAGAUGUAUGAGCAAAAAGGGGCAGAAGUGACACAACAGCACUGUAUCAGCAUCUUGGAAGAGUCGAGCAGCCAGCUGCAUUCAGGCGGUACUAUUGUGUCUCUGAUUUUCGAGAUCCUGGAGCAAGAGCUACAGUCCUUCCGCCAACGUUUCGUGCCGAGUUUUGACUGCCGAAUUUUGCUCUCUUGCCUGGACUUCAUCAUUGUGCUGAGCAAGAUUCAGCCCCACCUGGUAUGGGCUGGAAUCAAUCGUACAAGCCUUCUUGGACGACAAUCAACCUCAACAUACAUUCUUGGGAUCGUGUCUGCCGUAGAGGUGCCCCUCAGGACCUUUGAUUUCCUGGAAAAAUGUGCCGAGCUCUACCAAGCGUUGAUUCAGCUCGCAUUGCGGAAUCAAGAUUUCGACUCUAACAGCAACAGAUCCUCCAGCAGAGGACGCUCGAUGCUAUCCAUGACGUCGCGUAUGCAAACCUCAAUGUUGCUGGCAUCGACAGAGAUCAUGUUCAACGCACUUCAAGAGAGUUCUGACUGGUCAUUUCAAUCUCCAGAGCAACAAAGCCGUAUCAAUGCUCUCAUCAUGGAAUCCUUCUCGAACGUCAUCCGCUAUGCCUUCGAUGUCGGUGAUGCCCUAGCUUCGACUGUAUCUCCCACCAAUCGCUUCGUCGAACCGGCCAAACUCAUUGUCUCAUCAUUCCGAGACCCAAGCUUCGAUAAUGUGGCAGUGGCUCCCAUGGUGCGCUGUUUCUUCAGGAGGUCCGCUCCAGAAGCUUCUGCCCCGGUUUCUGAAGAUCCGGCGGAUUCAGAGUUGGUCUCAGCAUUGUCUCUAGCAACACUACUCACCCGUUAUGGUGAUCUACAGGGUCUCCAAUUGACUUCGGCCGAGGCGCAUAUUUUCAAUUCCGUCCCUUCCUUGAUAAGGAUUCUUUUCAAGGGGGGUGUCUGCCGUACGCGAUGUUUGCGGUUGCUUCGAACUUUGCUGGCUUUUUCUGAUCAACAUCAGCCUUCCUCCUUACUUGGUCACUUGGGUUCCAGUUCGUGCAUUGACCUCCUGCAUCUUAUGAGGCAUAUCGAUCAGGAAUCCCAGUCUCCUGAGGAGUGCGCCGAACUUUGGAAAUUUCUGACGUUGCUGGUGAAAGACUCUCAACAAUGGCUCGCAACGGUCAUCAUCACCGGUGCUGCACCGGAUAGCUCGAGGAGAGCCAAAUCCGAGCAGGCGCCAACGAAGUGUUUUCGCGGCAGGACCUUUUUGCAAAUGGCCAUCGAUGAGCUCAAGAACAUUCACAGUUUGUCACAACUCAUCGCUAUUCCGAUGCUAGAAUUUGUCCUGGAGGCAGAACAAAAUUGGGCCUGGGUUACAAACGACCUUGACUCUUCAACAGGCCUAGUCUCAAAGCUUACCUCGUUCAUUGCGAAUAGUUCGCCGUCUCAGUCCAGCGAGACGGAGAUAGCCCGGUUCAAUUCGGUUGCCGCCCUUGUUACAGAUCUCUUGAAUCACCGGCUGCAUUAUGCCAAAGUAUCAAGCGAUCUUAACAACGUCAAAGCCUUCAUUCCUCUGCUUGAAUGGUUGGCAUCAAAUGCGGUCGAAGUCUCGGCAUACAAUUCCUCUCUUCACGCGAAUCUGAAGAAGAACUUCUCUUCAAAAUACACUAGCCUCUCUGCUUCGGACAUCAAGAGGACCGGCCUUACCGAGAGACUGUACGGAGCGAAUUUCUUCUAUGACCUCGACUAUGCUGAUGAGUUGCUUUCUACUGAUCCACAUUGGCGAGGAAGAAGUGAGAAACCUACUGACCAGUCAUUUACCGCGGAGUUUCGCAAAGCAAAUACGAACCUCUCCGUUGUAGAUUCGGAAAUGAAACUACUGUUGGGUCUCCAACGUCUUUGCGUGGAUCAUUGCAGAUUCUUCGCUCAGGACCGAGAAGCUCAGAAGAUUAUGGCGCACAUGAUUCAAAAUUGUUUCCAGUCCAAUCCCCAGGUGUAUCCCACAGAAGUCCUCUUUGACACGCUCUUCCAGACCAGGGCGGAGAUGUCAUUGGCCGUGCUUGGUGAACUGCUUUCCGCUGGUGCGAAAGGUGAAGACUUCUAUCAACUGUUGCAGCCUGCCUGGGACGCCGUACGAUUCAGGAAUGGAUCAUAUGAACAAGCAAUCAUCAAUGGGGACUUGGUGUAUUGGCGUUCUACACUCUACAUAUUAUUCAUGACCAUUCAGUUCCACGUGAGGAAGAAGUUGAAGCCGACGACUAUUCCAGGGACGAGCAAUGCUGUCGUCCUGAUCGAGUCAACGAACACAACGUUACUUGAGAUCACGACUGAAGUUAUCGCGAAAGGCUUCGAAUCUGUUGUCGCAACACUUCAAGACCAGAAGCUGAACAAGCUGAAAACCAGCAUUGAUGGCGAGAACAAUUUGGUGGGACCGCGGGAUGUGACUCUCCUGGUGAUGCUUAUGCAGGCCAUCCUCAGACUACCAAGCCUUCCGCAGUUUGCGGCAGAGUUGUCUGCCAGAAUAGUCAAUUCGGGGCUUUUGUCGUCAUGUCUGCUGCUCUAUUCCUGGUCGCACCUGCUCACUAGGCCGGAGCUUGACAAUCAACAACGCUAUGCCGACUUCUGCGUUCAACUUCUGGCAUCGCUAUCUUCUCUUCCUAGCGUCGCAGAACAUCUUGCUGUUGAAGGCGUGCUGAGUCGGAUCAUGACAUCUAAAACGACCGAGUCGUUACAACGAGUACCUGGCGGCGUAUCUCACGUCGAUCCAAGACCCGGUUGUGGCUUCCUCUACCGAGUGUGGGCGGCUGGUAUAUUGCCACUGUGUCUUAACCUCCUCCAUGGCGUUGGAGGUGCAAUUGCCGCAGAGAUUUCCGCCUUCCUCGAUCAAUUUCCGAACCAGCUUGCUCGUGCCAGCACCAGCUUUAUGCUCACGCCACAAACGAGAGCUGACGGAACAGACGUGCUAACAUUGACCGUGGCAAGUGAGGCUGCGACAUUGGCUCUCAUAUCACAUAUCCUUUCAUCAUAUCGUGAAGCUGGUGCUUCAGCAGCUGUAGAUCCAAUAAUGGUGCUGCCCUUGAAAGGGUUUGAUGAGCACCGAAAAGCGAUCGCAGAGGACAUACGAGAUGUGCUCGCCCUCAAGGACGAUGCCAGACGAAAAAUGACGGCGCCUUCAGACGAGAGGGAAUUGGCCUGGCAGAAUGCCAAGGACGGAGACAAGUUGGACACCAAGAUCGUGAUGGAGCUGAAAAUGGCAUUGACGGCUUUAGGAAGAGAUGAUGACGACGACGACGCAAAGUAA